CUUAUAGACUCUUGUCAUUUAAAUUUGGUUUGGAGACAAAUUAUAAUAUAAAAACCAAACUGUCACAAACAAUCGAUAUCAGUAUAGUUUGAGAUAGUUGAGCAAUUAAGUUGUUGGAAGAAGAAAAACGAUACAUCAAAAAUGAAAUUAUUAAUUGUGUCCUUUGCAUUGGUGGUAGCUAUUGCUGCUAGGCCAAGCCCUUAUGGUCAUGAACAUGAUCAUCAUCAUGGACCUGAACAUCAUCACUUACCACCCCCACCAUUGUUUGAUGAACCUGGAUUUGAGGGACAUGAAUUUGGAUUUGGACCCGGUUUUGGACCAGAUUUUGAAGAUGACUUCGAACAUCAUUUGCCACCCCCACCACACCAUCAUGGACCACCACACCAUGUUCCACACCAUGAGCCACACCAUAUUCCACACCAUGAACCUCAUCAUAUUCCACAUCAUGAGCCACACCAUUUACCCCACCAUGAGCCACAUCAUGAGCCACAUCAUUUACCCCACCAUGAACCUCACCAUGAACCACACCAUAUUCCCCACCACGAGCCAGUUCACCACGUUCCACACCACGGUGGCGGAGGAUUUGGUGGCAUCGGAGGUGGAAAACUUGGAGGCGGUGGUUCCCAAAACUUUGGACUAUUGGCUGGAGGUGGUGGAAGUUCUUUGGCAUCAGGACAAGCCCAAAGUGGACAGGGUAUCGGAGGUAUUGGCGGAGGUUCCAGUCUUGCUUCUUCAUCAGCACAAUCACAGAACUUUGGUGGAUUAGGUGGUGUUGGAGGUGGUUCCAGCAUUGCUUCGGCCCAGUCACAAAGUUUGAACCAAGGUGGACUCGGAGGUGGACUUGGUGGUUCCUCAGCCCUGGCACAAUCGCAAAGUCUGAACCAAGGUGGACUUGGUGGAUUUGGAGGAGGUUCUGGAGGUUCUAGCAGUGCCACAGCCUCAGCACAAGCUCAAAAUGUUAUUCAAGAUAUAUUUGGUGGAGUUGGAGGUGGAUUGGAUAGUGGCAGCAGUGCUAAUGCUCUUACACAAUCUAAUCAAGGUUUAUUUGGUAGUGGAUUUGGUGGAAGUGGAGCAUCUGCUACAGCUCAAUCACAAAACUUAAACCAAGGUGGAUUUGGAGGUGGUUCAUCGAAUGCAGUUGCAACAGCACAAAGUUCUUCAUUUGGAAGAUAAAUAGAUAAUAUAUAUAAAUUUAAGAAAACUAUACCGAUGUAUUUUAGAACGUACUAAAUAUAGUUCUACACAAAUAA